UCGAUGCCCUAUUCGAUCUUCCAGACCGGACCGGCCCCCAACCCUAUUUUUCUCCCCUACAAUCUCAAAAAUACCUUUUUUAAUUUCUUUCAAUUUUCUCCCCUCAGGCAUUUUUUGUUAGCCUUGGCUUUAUUCGACUCUGCUUUUUUAAUUUUUGCUGUUCUAGAGCUUUCUUUACCAAUACCUUUAGAUGGCCAACAUUUACUUAUUUCUGUGCAUACUCGUUUUGUUUUAUUUAUUAGAAUGUUUGCUUCUGCUUUUUAUAAGGCUUCAAUUUUAAUUGUUGUUGCUUUUAAUGUUGAACGUUAUUUGUAUGUUUGUAGACCCCUAUGGGUUUAUAGAAGUGGAAUUUUGGAAAAAAGAGCUGGUUGUGUUGUUGGUUUGGCUUUGAUUAUUGGAUUACUGUAAGGGGUUUGAAUUAAAAAGGGGGUUUUAAAAUGGGGACUUUCAAAACGGGAACUGGGAAUGUCCAAGUUGGAAUUAGAGCCCGGACCGUACUGUACUAUGGUCGUAUUUUUCGGUAUUUAUCGACAUUCCGUAUCGGUAGAUUAGGAAUGUCCGGGAUAUUUGAAGGUUUGGGAAAUUGGAAGGGAAUAUGGGAAUACGGGAGAUAGAAAGGAGAUUGGAGCAAAAGAAGUAUAAUUAUUUUUAGAUGUAGUAUUCAAUGGCCAGUAGCGUGGCGUGUUUUUGAAUUAGAAUGUAACGAGCCUUGUGAAAAAGAGGAAAUUGAAAAUAAUUGUU